CAAUAAUCAAAACAAAUUAAUCUCAUUCCAAGAAUAUUCUCUGUUCAGCGAUCAAACAAAAGUAUGUCGUCGACUACUACAGGCCAGGUUAUUCGAUGCAAAGUGCAGGUACAAGGUAUUUAAAUAUGCAGGAAAUAGAUCAUGCAUGCGAUAAAUCGGAAACGUGGAUGCACUACUAAAGGAACAUGGGUAACCAAUGAAAACAUGGACCUACAUCUAUAUGCAUGCAAAACCAACAGAAACGUGCAAAUUGUGAACAUAUCAAAAUAAACGUGCAGUGGUAACGGUACGAUACGUCAUGCUCCAAACACGCAUUGGGUCAAGGUGGUUGCUGCGGUGGCUUGGGAAGCCGGAAAACCGCUGGUGAUCGAAGAAGUGGAAGUGGCACCACCACAGAAAAUGGAAGUCCGGAUUAAGAUCCUCUUCACUUCCCUCUGCCACACUGAUGUUUACUUCUGGGAAGCCAAAGGGCAAAAUCCUGUAUUUCCAAGAAUUUUAGGACAUGAAGCGGGAGGGGUUGUGGAGAGUGUUGGGGAAGGAGUGACUGAUCUUCAGCCAGGGGAUCAUGUCCUUCCUGUUUUCACCGGAGAGUGCAAAGAGUGUGCUCACUGUAAGUCCGAAGAGAGCAACAUGUGUGAUCUUCUCAGGAUCAACACCGACAGGGGAGUCAUGCUUCACGAUCAGAAAUCUAGAUUCUCGAUCAACGGCAAACCCAUCUUCCAUUUUGUUGGGACUUCUACUUUCAGCGAGUACACGGUUGUUCAUGUUGGAUGUCUUGCAAAGAUCAACCCUCUUGCUCCUCUUGAUAAAGUUUGUGUCCUCAGCUGUGGGAUCUCCACAGGGCUAGGAGCUACUCUGAAUGUUGCAAAGCCAAAAAAAGGCUCUUCGGUGGCGGUUUUCGGUCUGGGAGCUGUGGGACUUGCUGCUGCUGAAGGUGCAAGAAUUGCUGGUGCUUCAAGGAUCAUUGGGGUUGAUCUCAAUGCCAAUAGAUUUGAGCUUGCAAAGAAAUUUGGGGUUACAGAGUUUGUGAACCCAAAAGAUUACAAUAAGCCAGUGCAAGAAGUGAUUGCGGAGAUGAUUAAUGGAGGAGUUGACAGGAGUGUUGAAUGCACUGGUCAUAUUGAUGCUAUGAUCUCUGCUUUUGAAUGUGUUCAUGAUGGUUGGGGUGUUGCUGUUCUAGUGGGUGUUCCGCAUAAAGACGCCGUGUUCAAGACCAGUCCCAUGAAUCUGUUGAACGAAAGGACUUUGAAGGGGACCUUCUUUGGAAACUAUAAACCGCGAUCUGACAUUCCUUCGGUUGUUGAAAAGUAUAUGAACAAGGAACUUGAAGUGGAGAAAUUCAUAACACAUGAAGUUCCAUUUUCAGAGAUCAAUAAGGCCUUUGAUUUGAUGCUUAAAGGUGAAGGUCUUCGUUGCAUUAUUCGUAUGGAUGCUUAAAGUGAAAGUCGUUAUUCUUAAAUAUGUGUUAUAUUAUUACUUAUAACGUUGUUAGUCGUCUUUCAUCUUACAUGUAAAUGUACUCUUGAGGUCUGUUGUCAAAAGACUCUCGGUUUGUCAUGAGUUAUUUGAAUAAGAUUAAUGUUCAUCAGGAUUUUAAUUAAAAA